CGGUGAUGUAAAAUUUUCAAUUUUACCUUGUGUAGGAGCUAGCUUGUUAUUUACUUAUUUUUUUUUUAAUAAUUCACAAUGCGAGGAUUAUUGUUAAAAACAUUUAUCGUUUUCACAACAAUUUCACUAACAGUAUUCGCUCUUUAUUAUGUACUCACUGGUAAAGGAGAACAAAUUAGUUUAGCAUGGUUCUUAGAGAAUAGCUCCCCAUAUAUGUGGGGUUUAACGGGAGUAGGUCUCGCUGUAUCACUUUCUGUAGUAGGUGCAGCUUUAGGUAUUCAUACUACAGGUGCCAGUAUUAUAGGGGCUGGUGUAAAAGCGCCGAGAAUUAAGACAAAAAAUUUAAUUUCUAUAAUUUUUUGCGAGGCAGUAGCCAUUUACGGUUUAAUUACGGCUAUAGUUUUCUCCAAUUCCCUGUCUGAAUUUAAUGUAGACCUAGUCAAUUCAAAUGAAGAACUUAUGGCAAAAAAUAUUAUGGGAGGUCAUGUAAUAUUUGGGGCAGGAACAACUGUAGGCUUUGUAAAUUUAGUAUGUGGAUUAGCAGUUGGUGUUGUGGGAUCUGGAGCAGCUAUAGCAGAUGCUGCAAAUUCCUCCUUAUUUGUAAAAAUCCUUAUUGUGGAGAUAUUUGGAAGUGCCAUAGGAUUAUUCGGACUUAUCGUUGGUAUUUAUAUGACAUCUAAAGGAUCUAUGGGUAACACAGUGUAAAUUAUUUU